UUUAGGCGGAUUUUGAAAUGAUGAUUACUUGGCGAUCGUUUCCCAAAUUGCUAAUUGUGGUGCCAUUGCUGCACUUAUACCUGGCCCACUGUGUUCAGGCCGAAUCUGAGGAUCUUAAGCGUCGCAAGGAGUCGGGUAAAAAGUAAAUGUCCCUAUUGAAUAUAUUAUAGGUAAAUUGAAUUGCCUGGCUGAUGAAGCAGGGGAAGUUGCGAAAAACAUAACUGGACACCCUGUACGGAAGCUCGACGGCGAGGAAGUAAAUGCACACAAAUUACCCCAAGCCAAAAACUUAUCGACAAGCGUCGCUCGAACUGAAACGGAAGCAGAAAGUCAAGGUGCAAAACCAAAAAUCAUUACACCUGUUCACAAACACAACAAGCCGAGGAAGAUGUGAGUGUAGAAAGCGUAGAAAUCGAAUGGACAGCGGAGAAUAAUGUGAGGCACGCCAAGUUGAAAAUUUAACGCUCGUAGUUCAUCCGCAAGGGUUGAAGAAGUUCUUCUUGGGGUUUGGGUAGCUAUGUUUCUUUUUUUUAUUUUCGGAUAUAUAUUUCGGGGAAAACUGGUCACGGUGCAUGCACACCUCUUUCUGUUGCAUGUGGCAGGCGACACAAAUGCAAAGCAAACGAAAAUUGUACUGUCUUGAUAUCAGAAAUUAAUAAACUUAAUGAGCGGCCAGCGACAGAUAGACAUCUGCAACAGGUUCAUCUGGUUGCAGCUGCAUUUGCUCGACUUGCAAAAUGA